CAACAAUAUGAAGACUUAGAGCAUUGCUCUCUUCUUCGCAUGCGCGUCACUCUCGCCAUUUCCUCGCCACAACGCCUGUGGUGCUACAUCAAGGAAACACCCUGGAAGCUAAAAUCAAACAAAAUGGGCAAUCAGUUGAGUGCUUCUUGUCC